AUGCUCCCCAGCGCCGUGGCGGCCCACGCCGGCGCGUACUGGGACGUGGUGGCUUCCUCCGCGCUCCUCAACCUGCCCGCAGCGCCCGGCUUUGGCAACCUGGGCAAGAGUUUCCUGAUCGAGAACUUGCUGCGGGUCGGAGGCGCCCCGACGCACGGGCUGCAGCCGCCCCCGCCCCACGGUCGGGCGGCCGCGCUAGCCUCGGCCGCAGCCGGCGCCCAGCUCCGGCCCCUGCCCGCCAGCCCGGUUCCGCUCAAGCUGUGCCCUGCGCCGGAACCAGUCAGCUCCGCCGGGGCGCCCUACGGCACGCGAUGGGCUUUUCAAGUGCUCAGCCCCUCCGCGGGCGGCGCGAGGCUGCCGGGCCGGGCUCCGGGGGACCGAGACUGUACCUUCCCGCCUUCAGCCCCAGCGCCUUCCAAACCUUUCCUUCUGAGCGCCCCGCCAUUCUACUCGGCGUGUUGUGGUGGGCCCUGUCGGCGCCCCGGGUCCUCUGCUGCUUUUCCAAGAGAAGAGAGCGUGCUGCCUCUCUUGACACAGGACUCUAAUUCCAAAGCUCGGAGGGGCAUUUUAAGAAGAGCUGUCUUUUCUGAGGACCAGAGAAAGGCUCUGGAGAAAAUGUUUCAGAAGCAGAAAUAUAUCAGCAAAACAGACCGAAAGAAACUUGCCAUCAACUUGGGACUAAAGGAAUCACAGGUGAAAAUUUGGUUUCAGAACAGAAGGAUGAAAUGGCGGAAUUCCAAAGAAAAGGAAGUGCUCUCUAACAGGUGUAUCCAAGAAGUGGGCCUUCAAGAGGAUCCCCUCUCACGAUCCACUCUGGGUUUCCCUUCUUCAUGUCCUUCAAUCUGGGAAGUUCCCCAGCAACACUCAAGUCCAAGAUGGAGGGAGAAUUCUCCAGAACCUUCAGAAAGACUAAUCCAGGAGAGUUCAGGGGCACCACCCCCAGAAGGAAAUUCACUGCAGGGUGCCUUGUAUUUAUGUUCUGAAGAAGAAGCUGGAGGCAAGGGUAUACUCACUGGGGCCAUCUGAAUGGAAACAUUCCAUAUUAAUUUAAAAGAACACUUAACUAAUAACAUUUGGACUCCAAAGCCAGCUAGCAUGUGCCUCAUCAGUUCCUAAAACCUAACACCUAUGGAUUGAUGCAUAAACUAAUGCUUUAGAAAACCCACUCCAUGUUCUUAUUUGGCCUUAGACUCUGCUUAAUUUGUAAGUGGAAUAGAAUCUCCCUGGAAGUGUGAUGGAACUGAAAAGAGUAAGAGCAACAGCUGACUCAGUCACUGCUCUCUGAGUAUGUGUAUAUAUGUGUGUGUCUCUUAUGUGUGUAUAUAUAAAAAUAUACAUUCGUAGAAAGUAGUUCUUUAAAUAUUGCAUUGAGCAAAUUCAUUUUGUUUUAUAUGAAGAAAAAUAAGCCAUUGAUAGAAUGUUAUUAAUUUUUUGAAAAUAAUGUAUAAUUUGGAUUUUAGUCCAAACUUUCAUCCACAGAACAUGUUUGUAAAAAUUCUCUAUUUCCUGGUUUCUUUUGGUAUCUGAUUGUAAGUGAAUUUUAACAACUCAGCUCAGCAGUCCUAAUCAAAUGAGCCACUGUUAGAAAUGUACACUGAAAACAUAAUAAAAUGAACCCAACAAGCAAAUUAGAAAAACUUCUGAAUGUAACUAUUAAGUAUCUUUAAUUUCAAAGUCUCUGGACUUUAUUUAGCCAUUUAAAUAAUAAUUAUUUUUUAAUCUCAUCUCUGUAAGGUUGUGCCUAGACCAGGGUUUGCAAAGUAAAAUGCCUUUAAGGGCCUGUAGGGUAAAUAGAAGGUAUGGCCCACCUAAAGAUAUUUGAGUUCAAUAAUUUUUCAGAUACCGCGUUGCACAAACACGAUGUCUGUCAAGCAGUUUGUGACCUCUGGUCAAGACUAAGGAAAGCCAUGGUGUGACAGUUAUUAAAAUAUUCCCAACUGGACUUAAAAACCAAUACUGAUGGAACCUAUGAUGAUUUUGUUUGUGCCUCUGGUUAUAGACUCAGUUUUUCACUUAGGUGGCACACACUAUGUAUUAGAUAAUUUUUAUGUAUGAACAAACAUCACACAGAUGUUUUAUGUUUUUGACUACCCUUAAGUAGUAUUUUUAUAAAAUUGUAUUUCUGGUAACAAUUUACUUAGUUAAUCCAUAAAUGUUUACUCCAGAUCCAAGAAAAAGUUGUUUCACUUAGAAGGAAAUGAAGCAUAAACAGGAAAUGAUGUGGUUUUGCAUUAAGCUGUUACUAAUCUGUGGACAAGAAACAUUAUUAGAAGUUCACUAUAUGGCAUUUUGUUAGUAAGCAAGUAAUGAUGGUGACUUCUCAUUUGCUUAACUUCUCAGGUAUAGCCUUUGAGGGUUUAGUGUUUAGAGAAGGUAAUAUUUCAGAAGAUAAUGGUUUUAAUCAACAUCAGGAUAUUAUUUUUCAUGAAUGGAAUUCGAAUUGAUGUAUGUUAACCUCCAUCUUUAUCACACGAUCUUUUACUUAAAAGUCAUCUUAGAAGCUUGUCUCAGUACCUCAUUGUGGGGAGUGGGGACAGGGAUCUGGAGACAACAAUUUAAAUUUUAAAACAUGUCUUAAAAUGAUUUAUAAUAGGGCUUCUUUUCUUUAUGUAAUGUUAACCUCAUUUACAUUUAUAGGGUGCUUUCUAUAUGCUAGAGAUUGUGCUAAGCAUUUAGGAAGGAUUAACUCCUUUAAUCCUCACAGCAAUAACCCUAUGCUUUAGACAGUAUUAUUAUCAGGAUUUCUGUGACCCAGACGAAGGAACUGAGGCACAGAGUAUGGUUGGGGUAAUUAUCCAAGGUCAUGAGGUUAAUAAAUGAGGUUUGGACCCUAGCAGUCAAGUUUCAAAUCUUACUAACCAUGUGGGGAGGCAUGCCAAUGUGGAAUGUAUUUAUACCCAGCUAUGGGAUGCAUUGUUAAAGAUACAUUUUGGUGAGGUUUAUUAAAGAAAUUCACAAGCACAUUAUACUUUGAAGUGUCUUACCUGGGGAAUGAUUUUCUCUUCAUUGUUCUCUUUUCUAUUAGAUUUUGAAGUUUAGGGAAAGUAAUUGCAAAAGCCUUCAAUUAUAAAGCCUCUAUAGCGAAUGGUCCCAUAGGAGUGUUUUUACGUGUGAAAUGGAAAUUUAUUUUUUUAUUACUGCUAAAAAUCAUAAAGUGAUUAUCUCUGGUCAAUGAAUACUAAGAAUAAUUUGAAAAUCAAAUGAGAGAAACUUGUGUCAUGGCUAUCUGAUUACUUACGUUAUUUAUAGAAAUGGGCUAAUUGGGUCUUAAAUGAUCUUCCUUCAGGGUUGCACCUGAGAGCUCUCCAUAAGAUUAUCCUGAUAUUUGAGUACACAAAUCAAUCUUUUAAUUGUCUUCCACUUUGAAAUACCUUAAAGCUUAAGGGAAGCAUGCUUUGGAUGGAUACAUUACUGGUACCUAGGAGACACACAUAAAUAUAUACACACAGUGCACAUACAUACGCCUAUUGCGCUUUUCCUUUGCCUUCACUUGCCUGAAUUGUUGGAGAGAAUGGCUGAGCCCCAUUACUCUAUUGACAAGGACCUUGCUUCUCUCUUGUUCUCUGCUGUCACCCUUCCCCAAAUGUAGUUAAGUAUUUUUCUUUGCUAUCUAGAGAC